AUGACAAAACAACUUAUUGUAUAUGGCUUGAGUGAUUUUUUGAAGCCUAUAGAACGCGAGACGCUGACGCUGGCGAUGGGAGGGUCGGUGGCGACCUUUCUAAAGCCCGCGGACUGCGCGUGGUGCGGUUUACUUUAUAGAAACGAAGAUCUCGCCCCCCCGCCCAGAGAUACAGACGAGGCUCCGGCCGAGGCCCCAGGUCAAGCUGACUCGGAGGCGUCCCGACUGCCGGGGGAGCCGCCGACGAUAAACCCUUUGGUGCAGCCCGGGCAGACGCACUGCCAAUGCCUCAAUCGGUUUUAUGUUUUUGGUCGCGAUGCGCCGGCUGCGAUGGUGGGGAUCGACUGCGCGUUGAAGGCGGUGCGUUGCGCCGAGCGGGACCGCAUCUUGAAGUACGUGCUCUCUCACAGCCGCGCAGUCGAUAUACUCCGCGCUUGCCGUCGCCUGAACCCUCAACGCGCUCUGGUGUCCAAUGAGGAGAUCAGUCGAGCACCCCGUCAGGCAUCCGGUGAGGAGAGGAACCGGGGUCCGGGGCACGAAGACCUGGUAUUUCUGCCGUUAUGGGAGUACUACCAGAGCGAGUGGGCGAAGGUGCAUCGGCGGCUGUGUUUCGUGGAGCGGUCUGAGGCCUUCCGCGCACGGGCGGUGGAGCAGGUGGGUUGGACGUACUACGACUUGUUCAUAGGACCGGUCUUCCGGUUCGCUGAGCGGGUGCGCGAACAAGAGCGCACACAGGAGGCGCCGGAGGCGGCUGCGGAGGCUGCUGCGGCGGCUGCGGCGUUGAAGCUGCGGGCGCCGAGUGGACGGAAGAGGUUGAUGGGAAGUGUGCGAUUCCGUGCGCGUGACCGGCAGCAUCGGCUUGCGGUCUUGGCUAAGUGUUUCGCGGCGCAGCAUUUGCCGGAGUUGUUGGCCUGGUUGGACCCUGAGGUGGACUUCGUGACGCUGUGGACGCGCAGUGACCGGUUAUUGGAGUUGUUGGUCUCGGCGGAGCGCUUCGUGUUGGGUGGUCGCGGACACACGUGUGCCGUCGUGCACAUGUUCAACCGGCUGCAGCGCCCGUGGCUGCAGGACUUGUUCACACGACACGACGCUCGUGACGAGGACCUCGAACUCUGUCGCCAACUCUGGACCAUUGCCGAAGCCCUCGCUGGCGCCGGUGAAGAUGCAGACGCCGCUCUUCAACACGCCGUCGUCCAAACCGAACUGCUCGACCACCCCAUGUGGUGCUGGAACGAAGAGCUCCAGCCGGCCGAGCAAGCGGCCGAGGAACCGGAAGAGGGACCAGAGGAAGAGGAGGAACCCGUGCGCACCAGACGCAAACGUUUCCGCACACACGAGCAAAUGGCGCGAGAAAGCCGCGAGGCACGCAGACAGGCCAUGGACAUCCUAGACACGCUCUCCCGCAUGCUCGACCGUGCGGAAGCCAGCUAA